UGCCAGUACGAACACGACCGCGGCAAGGAUCGUAGAUAUGCGUCCGGGAGUCCCUUGUUCCGUUCAUUGCCCUGAUGCAGCAACUGCGGAUAGUUAAGGUCUGACUCCUAUUGUGCGAUUCACUUGUGGGCACGGACGUUCUAGCGCUGCCAGAGUAAACACAGCCUCCAGGCCCCAGGCCGAAACUUUCACGAUGCUUGCACAUUCUUUUCCACUAGUCUGCAAUACAAACUUCCACCUUCUUUUGCUUCCUGACCUCAUAAGCAAUGGCUUCGUCAACUGGGUCUACGGCAGCAAUGACACGAUCUCCGCAAAUUCUAUCUAGCUUUGAGCGGCUUUUGGCAUGCCCACCGAUUCAUUCUCGCCCGAUUGUCAUGGGCAUCAUAUCUCUCUUUCGCCCGGACAGCCCUGCCAAACUGAUCCGCUCAUAUCUUUCAAAGACAGACAUGCUCAAUUUGAGGGGAGCGUCCAAACUCACUUCCAUCUGGGUUGGAGACGAUACUGUACAUUACCAGUGGCUUUUCCGAAAGCUGUACAUUACCUCCGCACAUUGCAAUGCUCCCAGAGACGGAAUGAUGCACGCUCUAUACGAUAUAUCGAGAUAUUGCGAGGAACUCGUGAUUCGUAUCAACCCGCGAGCUCGCUUUCCAAGUCAAUUAUUUACAGACGAUUUACCCGAAAGACAAGCUUCUGAUCCUGGUUCUCUCGCACGCGAAGGGAACAUGGCAUCCCGUGCUUCUCACCAGGGACUCCCUGGUGAAACUACCCUGUCAACCGUGCUUCCGCCUUCCUCAGGUCGCGCACGAUCAGACACCCUCGAACAGCUCGAAUCAGAACUACGCCGUACCUCCCUUGGCGGAAGCUCGGGACACCGUCCACGCACCUCCUAUACCUCCUCCCACCGCUCUUCAGGCUCCAACAUCGAGGGAGGUACAGAUUCCGACUGGUUUAUGAUCUUUGUCGCGAUCCCCACCAUCAAAAAAAUCACAAUCUCAGUCGACCCCGCAACUGUUGACAAGGGCUGGGGCAAGUUUGGACAUGUCGAGAGUACCCUAGUUGCGAUUCAAGAGGCACUUAGGCGUGCCCCUCUUUCUCGAUUUCAACACCUCCGCCUCGCACCAAUUCAUGCAUACGGUAUCAUGCACUUCUGCUGGAAACCAACCCAGAAGAAGAACCCCGGUGCUAUCGUUGAUGGUGAACUAUGGCACAAACUACGUACCCUCGAGGUCCAACUCAUUAACCCACGCCCGUACCUUACCGGCGGCAUAUCCAAGCGUCGCUCCUCCUCCGGUGGCUCCUAUGCCUCAGACUGGAUCGUCGUACUCAAAACGCUGCACGACUGGCUCGCAAGCUUCUCGUCGCGCCUCAUGCAACUCUCCUUCCACUGGAUCGGCCAGACCGGCCCUGAUCCCCUGACCCUUGAUCUCCUCAUCGACAAGCAUUCCUACCCGCACAAUCGCCCAACUCACUGGGCUCGUCUAGCUAGCCUGCGUUUUGGCAACGUCGUCUUUGCGCCUCCGUCCCUCACACUGUACCAUCCUCGCGCUCCGCGCAUCACAACACUCUACGUUCUCACGAACGAUGUCGCAUCCGCCGAUGAGCCUGCACUCAUCGACUUCAACGACCCGGUCGGCUUUUCCGACUACUCAGAUGAGCUGUGGGCCGAACAGGCCGUUGCCGCCGAGGAGGCUCGUUCGCCCCCGGCCAGUGAGAGCGCUGCCGUUCCGGCUGGGCUCGGGGAUGUCGAAGGGGCUUCGGAGGACGAAGUCGACGAGCGACAGGACUCGUCGACCUCGACUCCGGGCAUCGACGGCAUCCCGGCCGAGGAGGGGUGGUGGGUGUGAGGCGGUUCUGUGCCGCGGCUAGGCCGCACUGGGCGUGUCUGGUUUGGUGUUUCGGUGUCCUGGCUGUUGGGUAGGGGGGAAGAUUGGGUCCCGAGGGGAACGGGGAGUGCGGGUGGGCUGUGGAUAUCAUCAAAAGCACGAACGUGAAUGGAGUUUAUUUGAGUUAUACGUGCUGUGUUUGUGCAAUAUUCGUGAUCCUGGGCGUGAUAACGACGUUCU